UAACAACAUUUGACUUCCGGGUUUCUUUCGCAAAUUUCGGCGUUUUCUUCCUUCAAAAUUAACCGAUUUCAUGAAAGGGUGACCAUGCACGUAGUUUAAAGAUAGAGAAUCUUCAGAUGUUGGCUACCACACUGCUCUAACCUGUCAAGUAUUUCAUGCUGACAUCCUUCGCAUCCAAGACCGAGCAACACAGCCCAAGAUGACAUUGAUGGAAUUCUUCGGUUGUACAUUCAUCGCAUUUGGACCACCUCUUGCCUUGUUCAUCUUCACAAUAGCGAGAGAUCCCCUCAGGGUUAUCGUACUCACUGCUAGUGCCUUCUUUUGGCUGCUGGCGUUACUCCUCUCUUCGAUACUAUGGUUUGCUGUGGUGCCACUGCGGACAGAGCUGGCUUUCGGUCUCGUCUUUUCUGUCCUUAUACAGGAGUGCAUGAGAUUAGCCUUCUACAAAUUGCUAAGAAAAGCUGAUGAAGGCCUCCGGAAAGUGGCAUUGAUGGGGCAAGAGACUGGGAAUGCUCGAAUGAUCAACAAUCCACACACUCUUGCGUAUGUUUCUGGUCUUGGCUUCGGUUUGAUGAGUGGUGCAUUUUCUCUAAUCAAUGUCUUAGCAGAUAUGUCAGGGCCAGGAACAAUAGGACUGAAAGGCGAUUCUAGCCAGUUCUUCAUUACUUCAGCAUUCCUGACUCUGUGUUUCAUACUUCUGCACACAUUCUGGGGCAUUGUGUUUUUUUCUGCAUGGGACAAGCGGAAAUUCUGGCAGGUGGCAAUCAUUGUGGCAUUACACAUGCUUGUUUCAGGAUUGACAUUCCUCAACGGGAUGAACCCCCCAGUCUACCUAGGGACACUUAUCCCUGCGUAUGUUGUGAUGCUCUGCAUGAUGAUCUGGGCAUUCGUGUCUGUCGGUGGGACAACCAGGUCCCUGAAAGCCUUUUUCUCCUGCAAGACACUCGAUGCAACCUACGACUUAGAUUGACUACGGCUGAAGCGGCUCCCAUUCAUACGGCGAGUCACAACUUAAACAAUGCAGAGACUAUGUUUUUCAAGUGGAGACAAGUCUUAUUCUAAGUAGUAAAACCUGCAAUUAGGGACACUGUUUGGUUGGAAAUGCUAUCAUAAUACAUGUAAUAGUAAGGUGUCCUGAAGUGUCGUUAUAUAAAAAUUACUGAUUUGGCAUGAGAAGAGCUUCCCCUAUCUAGGAGGGUGUUCUGUCAACAGAUGAGUGAUGUACACUGUCACGUUGCAGUCUGGAUGGAUGUCCUCUUUUACGAUAUGUUAAAAGGAUGAUUUUGACCAUUUAUUGAUGCAGAUUUCCUUCUGUUUUUUGCAAAUAGUAAUAAGUGUACUCCGAUUAAAAGAAGUAAUGGGGGCUAAGUGUAAAGUAGAUGUAAUUGAAAUAAAGUUUUGUAAAAGUGUAGAGUGUAUAUAGUUGUUUAUAUUUCAGUAGCGUCACAGUAACAUUGUACAUGUAUAAAACAGGAUUCCCCAAACCCUGGUCGGGCCUGUAGAUGAACAUGCUUAGUUCAACCCUUUCGCUACAAGUCAUCGAAUUUUGCCCCAUUUACUAGAACUUGCCGAAUCACGUGUUUUGACAACCAAAUCAGGCUGUAAACAGAUAAUGAAUAAUGAAAAAUGUGUUUUUUGCUAGUAAAUAAACGUUUCAUUUUCAGUAUUGUCCGCAGAA